GCCUGAUUCUUACCAGAGCGGACCGAGAUAGAUAUCAGAUUCAUGAGCACGGAAGCGUACACCUUUGCCAGGCGCAAGCGGCUUGUAAAACGAGCGCGCUCGAUCAUUCAUAAAGGCGUGUAUCUUGUUAUGUAGUUCCUCCCUAUAUCUGUUGGUUUCCUGGCUGUGGAAAGGGGUUGAACCAGAAGUGGAACAUGGCGAGAAUGGUAAACGAAAACGGGUGUGGACAAGAUUUACAGAGCACAGAGCUAAAUGGAGCCGGUCGAGGUACAGCGCGGUGGGGUCCCCAACACGCAGGGGCUCUGGAACUUGCGAAUUUGUAUUCGCCAGGAAAAAGAUGUCAGGAAUGGAUUAGUGUUGUCCUCUGCUUCUCUCUCAUGGCCUUCAACUUUUGUCACCUCCUUGUUAACUUCCACCUGGGUCAUAUGUGGUACAUCCUUUUGGGCAUUGUGGCAGGAAUACUGACUGCAGACUUUGCCUCGGGUCUAGUCCACUGGGGGGCUGACACCUGGGGAUCUGUGGAGCUACCCAUCGUUGGAAAAGUAGGAGAUGCAUUUGCUAACGUGACUGGAUUUGACAAGAUAUUGUUCCCAAAAUGUGUGUUGUCGAAUUGUUGUCUUGACUUUCUGACUGUUUCUCCUGUUAUUUUGAAUCCACUUUCUGAUAUCUUGCCCCAGGCCUUUAUCCGACCAUUCAGGGAGCAUCACAUUGACCCUACAGCCAUAACCCGCCAUGACUUCAUUGAGACAAAUGGUGACAACUGCAUGCUGACCCUGGUCCCAUUAGCACACAUGGCUUUCAAUUUCCUCACCCUCUCGCCUGCGGAGCACUAUCACAACUACCCCUGGCACUGCUAUGUGAUGGCACUGGCCAUUUUCGUUACCCUAACCAACCAGAUUCACAAGUGGUCGCACACAUACUUCGGGCUGCCAGGCUGGGUGGUCUUUCUGCAGAACUGCCACAUCAUCCUGCCCCGCAAGCACCAUCGCAUCCAUCACGUUUCCCCCCACGAGACAUACUUCUGCAUCACCACAGGCUGGCUGAACUAUCCCCUGGAGAAGCUGGGGUUCUGGUCUAGGCUUGAGGAUCUGAUCCAGAGUGUGACUGGGGAGAAGCCCAGGUCUGAUGAUCUGAAAUGGGCCCACAAAACCAAGUAACCAUGCAGACUGGCUGCAUCGCUACCUCAGGAGUAUUCAGUCUCUUUCUCGCCUAACUCCAGCUAUAAUCAAUAGGAGACACCAACAUAAGGAUCUGGUUUCAGAGAUGCCAUAUAGCUUUAAACCUUGCACAUUUUGUCUGGUUCUAACCAUGGAGUGUUUUGUCAAGGGCCCAGGGGUGUUUUCUUAACCCACUGUGGAAAUCUGAGUGGGAAGUGCUUUUUGAAAUAACAUUUUGAAAGCACUAAUACAUUGCAAUACUUUCUCAACGCCUCAUCUAGCUCUUUAUUUCUGAUCGUGUAUGUCUAACUUGACUCAACCUUUCUUGAGGUGUAACACUAAAGCCAUUGUCCCCAAAGGGACAGUCAAAUAUUUUUUUCAUCCACUUUACAGACUGAAAAUGCUAAAAAAAACGUACAACUUUAAAUGAAAACUCAAAAUAUCCCAACCAGAAAUACUUGAAGGAAACAGUGUGCUUUUUUUCAGCACUUAGUGUUUGUUAUUCGUCACUGUUUGUUAUUCGUCACAAAAAAUCUGGUCAUCUCUCACUGGGUAGCAUGGACACAGUAUUUUGUGUCAAGGACUGCCUAUUACCUUAAUUUCCUAUUCAUAGUUGAUGCUGGUUAACAAUAAUUCGCCUACCUAAGAUAUUUUUGCUUAACCUUUAUAGUGCAGUGCUGGCUUACAUUUAGUCUACAUCCAAUCGACGUAACUGCUAUGUUCGUCCAGACUUCUCAAACCGCCUUAACAAUCACAGAUGCAGUGAUCUCCUGCCUUUCAUUUCACUUCUCUAUUGCAGAACCUAUCAUGUAAUGCUUCUGUUCUUUUCAACCAGUGGUUUUCUGUCUUAAAUUUGCAAGUAUCCAUACAGUCUUUCUCAAGUAAUUUGCCAAUCUUUUUUUUUUACACACCACACACCCUUUUUACAUCCCAGAAGCAUGGAAGUGGUGAAACACAUUACCCUUCAGUGAUAUUGCCAAUAUAUCUGCCGUCUAACAAUGCCAAGCAGGCUGCAGUGAUGGCCUAAUACUUUGAGUGCAGUAGAAGAGUAAUCAAAAGUGAUGAAUCAUCAUAUUUAGCAAAAUACCUGAAAUGAAAGUGCUUUGUGUGUAUGCUCUAGUAAUCAUGUUUGUAAAUGAACUGUGCAGCAGAUACCUAUGCAGUCUGACUGGUGGUGAACCUGAACCUUGUGUCUUAACUAUCUUAACCUAAAACAAAUUGUCUGGUUGGCUAUAAAUGCUAUUUAUGUUCUUAAAUUCCCUUAACAUAGACAUUCUUUCAUUAUAAAAGGCACACUAUUACCUCUCUGCGUGUGAUAUUUAUUGUCAUUGUCACAGACCAAACCGUUGACGUACAAAAUGAAUGACUAAGGUAAUUGUGUGGGAGUUCUUUCAUAAUGAAUUCAACUCUGGGGCUUUUAUUUCCAGCACCAAAAACCAGUGGUGGUGUGCGUGUUAUUCUCCCAUAUAAAAUUGGGAAAUCAUUUAUAUAUUUGAAAAUAGUUCAGCUUGGGAAGAAUAAAGGCUGUACACAAGAACACUGGUCUCAAAUUCCCUAUUCAAAGGUGUGUGUGUGUGUGUGUGUCACACUGACUUAUAAUACUGUAUACAUGCAUGCAGGUUGGCUUAUGCAGGCAAUAUGUAGGAUCACCAGCCUUCAUCACUGUUUUCAUGUAACUAAUUAAUCACUUGAUAGUGGAAUGAAAUCAACCUGCUGUAUGUGAGCACUUGAGUUUGUGAAGUUUCGCUAUUGUUCAGUAAUGUUUUUUUUUUUGGGGGGGGGGGUGAACCACCCAAAUUGUCAAUUAAUUUUAAGUGCUAGGCUUACUGUAAUGUGGCAUUUGCAUUCAUAGUUAUGAAGUUUUUUAAAGUGUCAAAUUAAACUAGCUCCUGUUUUAUUCAGAUGUCAAAAUUACUUUACUGAAAGUUAACAAAGGUCCUUAUUCUUCUGACUCAGUUCCUAUAUUUCUCAAUUGUAGGUCAGCAGAAAAAUCCCUGCAGAGUUUGUUUUAUUAUAAGUAGGAUAUUGUAAAAGCUGGGAAAGUGAUGACAUUUUGUUUCACUACCACUGGUUCUAUUGGGAGUGAAUAAUUUCAGUCAAACCCAACCAGGUUGAUGUAUGAAUAUCUUGUUAUCAUCCUUCGAAUUAGUAUAUUGUUGGCCAGAAACAUUCAUAGAUCAAUCAUGAAAUAACAUUCUGCUCAAAUGUGUUGUUUUGGUGCAUUUAAUGGAUAUGGUCUUAUGGGUCCUAUUAAAAAUAAAUGGCUGCCAUUAUCCCCGUGGAAGCAGAAGUGGUGACGCAAACUAU